CAAUCAUGGAGUUACUGGCCUCCCCACCCGUCAAAAAUACGCUUCUCCGAUGUCAACCUGAAACACGUUUCAGUCAUACCCCGUCGAGCUGACAAGCUGUCAAAUGCUUUCCAUCCCAUCUAGAAUCUUGGGAUCAUAUUCUCUUGAACAAGUUCUCUUCGGAAUCAUCUCUGAUCAUUUCAACAUCUCGAAAUGUGGCUUCCCUUAUCCACGUCCCUUUCAUGGUCUUUGCUAGUUGCUACUACACAUGCCUCCUUCAUUUCCUGUGACAGAAGCGAAGCAUCGCUACAUAUCUUCGAUGUACCGUCAUGGCUGUCAUUGAAUUUCUCUUGCCUUGGAUCCCCAUUGCCCUACACUAUUCUUCCCGCUCCUGGUAAAGGUCUUGGGGUGUUUGCACCAAGGUCACUCAUACCUGGCGAUAUUAUCAUGCGCGAACCUCCUAUCCUCGUCAUCAAUCCACCUCCUAUGCAAGCGGGAAAGGGAUAUCCUCGAAGCGAGAUCGACAGCCGGGUUCGAAUUGCUUUUGAAGCUCUGUCCAGCUCCGAGCAAGACGAAGUCCUCUCGCUGACAUAUUACAACCCCCCUUCCCAGAAGGUAGUGGAUCCCCUCAAUUCAAUCUUCAGGAGCAAUGCAUACAACACUGGUUCCAGGGUCGGACUAUUCCCCAAGAUUGCCAGGAUAAACCAUUCUUGCAGGCCGAAUACUAGCUAUUACUGGAACGAGCGACUUGGGAAGCGUAUGGUUUAUGCGACUCGUCACAUUGAAGAGGGGGAAGAGUUAUCCGUUUCCUACAUUCCCUUAUUACUCGCACACGCGGAUAGGCAGAAGAGACUAGACGCGUAUGGCUUUACCUGCACCUGCGAGGCUUGCUCUGCUACCAAGCACAAGAAAACCAGCGAUCAGCGAAGGACACGCAUCGGCCAACUUUUUCCAGACCUGACGGCAAGGCUGACGCUUGAGGUUCCAACUUCUGUGGCGGCCAACAAGAGCGCACAUCGAAUGGCGGAGCAGAGCAUAGAGUUGAUGCAACUGGUCGAGGAAGAACAACUGGCGGACUACUAUGCGCAAGUCUACAGAAGUGUUGCAGUUUCUCUAGCUAGGCUACAGCAAUGGGACAGCGCAUCUAUCUGGAGUAGCAAGAGUUACGACAUUUUCAAGAUGGCCGACGAACAGAGUCGUGAGACGAAAGAAAUGGAGAAACUGACCCGGAUUUUUGUUGCAAAUUGGAAUGAAGAUGUGGACAAACAAACAGAGCAGAGACAGUCGCAAAGAGGUCGGUGAAAUACACGACACUGCGGGUUAUUUCAUCUAAAUCCGAACUUUUGGAUACCUGCACCCUGAACGAUACCCACGUUCAAUGCAGGGCCAAAUACCCAUGAGCCUUGGCAUAACGUCCGCCCAGGUUUUUCGUCCAAAUCCACGGCCCGCUCCAUCUUCUCCAAUCUCAUGUUCUCAUGUUCCUCGUCUGUUCGUCCGGUCUGAUCCUACGAAACACUCCGCGUGCGGCGCA